AUGCCAAUUCCCCAGUAUCCCAACGUGGAACCCGGCCUACCCGCUCAAUCAGCAAAACUACAACCACAACAACACUGCUCACCACUGAGCCACUGGGUCACCCGCACUACAAGUGACAACAUAGCCAACAACAACAACAACAAUAAUAAUAAUAACAAUUCUUCACCACUACACAUAGGCAAUCUCGAUGAUCCAAGUUUAUUCCGGUCCCGACCAAGGCAAGGACAACGACGACGACGGCCACCACGUGCGGUUCGAGUGCUGCUUGCACUACGUCAUUCUGCUCGCGCACAGUGGCUUGUAGCUUGUACAUUUUUGGCCACAGUACUAUGUAUCCAGCUUGUGUCAUUAUUUUUUUCCGGGUCUUGGUCAUCGGGUCUCGACAAUAGUGAAUACAACAAAUUGGCAGGACUUGGGCGGAGGCCAGGACAAGCAUUGUCAACAGACUUGUUAUGGGCAAAACAAAAUUGGCGAGGAACAGAAGGGAGGGGGAAAGGAAAGGGAAGAGGAAAAGGAAAAGGAGGAGGAGGAGGAGGAGGAGGAGGAGGAGGAGGAGAAGGUGGAGGAAGAACCGGGACCCGGGGUCAACAAAGGGUCCUAAACGGUGCGGCUACUUUCGAGGUAGUUACUAAACCAUACAUUUACCCAGACUUGAGCAAAAUAGAAGAGUACCGACGAACAAAAACACUAGAGUUGCCAGACGGAACACGUGCACUAUCACGCACUCAUGCAUACAUUUAUCGAGACCCCAAUGGGUCAUCCAAGUCCCGGAUCCGGCGGUUUGUGAGCCGCAUGUUUGGACAGCUACAACGGUGGAGGAACCACUAUCAUCAACAACAACAACAACAACAACAAAAAGGAGCCAAUUUAGCUACAACCAUUGCAACCGAUCCUCGAAGUCUUGCUCGGGCCCAACAUGUGAUUGCGACGCAGGGUGACGACUUUGAACAAACCCAUGCAUCGCCUCCACUUGUACUAGUUGUUGGGCUCGAUGCAGACCGGUAUCCCAAGAGCUACCUCGACAAGGUAGUGCGAGACCGGCUGUCAUAUGCACACCGCCAUGGCUAUGGAGUGUAUAUCCGGUAUUUGCAAGACUUUGUGUCGCAAGACGAGCGCGAAGCUCCUCCAGACAAGAUGCUAUCGACAUUGGAAUUUGCCAAGGUUGCUCUUAUGCGUGAGGCCAUGUAUGCUUUCCCACGCGCAGGAUGGUUAUGGUGGCUUGACCAAGAUGCCGUUAUUAUGAAUCAUGCAUUUGAUUUUGCUGGGCGCGUGCUACUGAAUAAGAAUGCUCUUGAACGUCUCAUGCUUCGAGAUAAACCAAUCAUUCCACCAGCAUCCAUCAUUCACACUUACAAAAAUGUUCCUGCACGACAAGUACGGGUUCUAAUGAUGCAAAACGAUGCAGGUAUUAACUUGGCCUCAUUUGUAAUCCGCAAUGACCCAUUAUAUGGCCAUUUACUUGUGGACUAUCUUUCGGAUCCUUUGCAACGUAGGUACGCUGGGUUUCGUGCUGCCGGGACCGGAAAGGCACUGAAUGCUGCUGUUACGCAUUUACUACAAUGGCACCCUGCACUUUUGUCUCGCAUGGCACUUGUUUCUCCCAAGCUAUUGGGAGCGUACCCUGAUGACCAUGCUCUAGUGCGAGGUGCGGCAUACGCUCCAGGAGACUUUGUGUACCUCCUCAAGUCAUCACUACUUGCAAACCGUGGAGUGCUUGAUGUGGAUUUUAUUACGGAUGAGUGGGCAAUUAUGAAGAGUUCAUCGGUUGCUGCGGGGUCUGUAACCUCCCCUGCACCACCCUCGGAGGCCCAGUGGCGGAUGAUGAAGGGUAAUUAA